AGUAGACGGCCAAUUGGCUUAAAAUGACAACCAUGAAGGCUCUCGUCUUAUCAGGAGAUGCAGGAGCAACAAGAUUCUGACAUUACAACGUCAGAAGAAAAGAAAAAAGAUGCGGCAUGUUGCAACAGUUGUCGGCGUGGCCUCCUUGGGCUUCCAACAGCCUGCGGAUGCUAUUCGCGUGUUUCGCGAGACGACUUCCAGGAAAGGUAAACUGUCAGGUAGCAACGUUAACUAUGGAGGCGUCGCGGGACGCGCCUCAGCAGCCUCCGAGACGGCCGUGUGUGAUGGAUCGGAAAUAAUGACGAGAUCUCCCUCGUCUAGCACAUCAAGCAGGCUCGAAAAUGGGGGGCGAGAUGAAGAAAUAAGCAAAAGAGCAAGUAGAAAGAAAAGUGGAACAAGGGACGUCGAGGACCUCAUACCUGCAUCGUCGUUUUUGGAAGUUUCUGCUUUCUCUUCAGCUGGACUGCCACUCCUCGGCUCAGGACUAGCACAUCGGGGAUCUGGGCCUGACACCGCGUCUUCUGCUUCUAUAUUGACUCGUUUUUUUCGGAGCACCGUGGCCGCAACUAGGAAUACAAAGCGAGCGCUGGCAGAUGGAACAAAACCUGUCUCAUUCAGUCGGCAGGAAGCAGAACAGGAUCCGUCGGUGAACAAGAAGGGUUGCUUUAAGCUGACUAACGAAACCGAUGUGGUCUUUGAGAGCAAAGUGGCGACCUCGGACAAUCGAAUGAACCCGGAGCUUAUGCGUAGAUUUUGUCUCUGCGAUUGUCAUAUCCCCUGCAUGAACAUGGGCAUAGAACCACAUCAUAUCAUGUGUAGUAACUGCAGCAAAAACAAUGCAUGAUGACCAGACCAUCUUCAUCACGUGUGCUAUUUCCGCAUGCCAGCCUCUAACUUGUAAUGCGCUCAAGAAUGCGAACUUGCACAAAAUUUGCCUUCAUACGCGAUUCUUUACGACGGGGGAUCGCGAUGCGAGUGUGCUCACGACCUAGAAUGGACUGAGAUCGGCUGGGACGAGAACUGCGAAUCAAAGUGCCCGAAUUUAAGACUCUCGAUGUGUUAAUGUCAAUCUCGCUGUGGGACGAGAUUCUCUUGCGUCUCUCUUUCUCCACAGAAAUGGGAUCAUUCGGAAACUUUUGUCUUUGUCAGAUUCAAAUUCAUAAUAUAAAUAAUUAGACUUCAAAAUAUACCUUGCAGUUGCAUUUGCUCCGGAACGUCUAAUUUCAGGCGACAGCUGCGGUGGCGACGAUGGAUAUGCGACCGUUUACUGGUGGCACAGGUGAUCAGCAUUUGUGAUGCUGCUUAAUAUACUUUUACUUUAAUAUAGUCGGUUCAAUCGCGGUUAGCGUUAAAAGACAAGAAUAGUCUUCUUGGCGUUGGCGAAUCGAUGGCAAUUGUUUUUCUAGAGAACGCAGCAAUCACAAGUUCAAUCUUCAUCUGUCAUCAAUCAAGAUGGACAUGAUGAUGAGCACUAAAACUAAUAGUGAUACUUGUGGUGAGGUUUUUCUUUCCAUUUUUACGAGUAUCACAAACACAACGAGAACGAUCAUAUUCAUAUGAUAUCUUUUGAAAUGUUGACCCAAAUUUCAGAUGUCCAGACGAAGACCCGCUGAACAACCGAUGCAAAUGCCCUCACGGGAACGCCCCAACAGGCCCAGAAUGUCCAGAGGACGGGGCAGAUAUGUGCCUAGAUUGCGAUCGCGGUUAUGAGCUCAACGGCGAGACCUGCGAACCUGUAGAAUGCGUUUGCUCUCACGGAGAAGCGAGUGAGGCCGUUGUUAUGAAUCAUGCAAUUGCAAUGUGGUUGGAGGAUCAAUUUUUUAUCAACAGUCGUCACGUACUUACCCGGGCAGCCAAUCCGUGAACCCAUCUACUUGUUGUACACGUGCAUAGGGUCCACUAAUAUCCUUAAACACGUUUACACUUUACAACACGUGGUACACGACUCGGCAUCUUCCGACCUCGGUCCCUUCCCUUUCUCCUCCUUCAUCACCUACUGUCCCAAGCAUGGCGCGAACCACUGCGCCAAGUGCUUCGAGUAUGAGGGUUUCCACCUGAACGAAACCACGAACGCAUGCGAGCUCAAUGUGUGCCUUUGUCCAGGAGGUGAACCGGCCACGGGUGUCGACUGCGCGAAGCACGGUGAAGAAACGAAAUGCGCAUCCUGCUUUGACGAACAGGGCUUCGUCCUAGCAGACAAAGAGAAAGACAUCGUAAAUGAAGUCAACGGGACAAGGUGCAUGCAGUUAUGUCCUUGGGCUUCUUCUAUUUUUUCCAAGAGGACCGACGAGAAAGUAGAUACCUCUACUCGAUAUCAAUCAAUAUUGGAUCUGGAGGUCGGUGUAAGGGCUUACGAGAUAAAGAUAUUAUCUGAUAAAUAACAGAAUCAACGACACCUUUGUGUUUGAAAUAUGACGCAUAACUACAACUCUAACUUUUCGACAGUGCGAGUGCAAAAACGGUAAAGGUGCAAGCGGAGCAGAGUGUCCAAUGCAUGGGUCAGCCGUGUGCGUCUCUUGUGAUGAAGACGAGGGGUUCAAACUCGACGGAGACGAGUGUAUUCCGCGUGAGUGCCGCUGUGCCCAUGGAGAAGCUCCGAUUGGCAAGAAGUGCCCCAAGGUUAUGACACUUCUACUACCACUUGAAUAAAAUCUUGCUCUCGAAAAAGAAGAGUAAGUAUUAGUUGUACGUAGUAGUGUUGGUGUUCGAAUUCGAUGUUCUUUGCAUCUUUUCUUCAUCCUCUGGUUCGCGUACAUAAUAUAUAGUUAAGAAAUUGCAGGCACCGACGACGACGAGGACUUAGUCCGAGGUCUAGCCCUCGCUAUCCGCUAAUCUCAGCCGUGACGAGGAGGGCGAAUAUUGUUCUUCCUGUUACGAAGACGAAGGCUACCACAUGACCAAGAAAAUAGACAUCUGCGAGGUGAAUGAGUGCACCUGCAAGAACGGUGAGCCGUCCAUGGGCGCCACCUGUGCAAAACACGAUACCGAACACUGCGCUUCGUGUAACGUGGAGGGCGGGUUCGAGCUGAAUCCUAAGACGAAUUCUACGUGUCGAGAAAGAGUCUGCACGUGCGGAAACGGAACCGCUGCGGUGGGAGUGGAUUGCCCAGAGACAGGUACUAAGACUGAAGAUUUACUUGUGCUUCUAUUCAACAAACUCGUGAACAACUCGCUUGAGUGGGCCAUUGCCUCUUCGUCGAGUUGUCAUUGUGUCUUUGAGGACAUCGACUCUGGUUCUAUGGCUGGUUUUUGUUCUUGCAUGCCGACUACAAAACUGGUUCUGGUUCUUCGAGAUGAAAGAUCAAUGCUGCACAGGUUCUUUAAUGUGCACAAAGUGCGAGCCUGGUUACGAUUUGAACGAAGCUGGAGAGUGUCUAUUGAGGAAAUGCAUUUGCGAACUUGGAGAGGCUGCCACGGGCACCGACUGUCCGACUGCUGGCGAUGAGAAGUGCAUGAAGUGCAAAGUGGAGGGGUUUCACCUCGACGACUUCAAGUGUCUGAUCAACGAGUGCAAGUGCAAAGGCGGCGGGGAAGCCGCCAUGGGCGCCGAUUGUCCGGAGCAUGGUAUGAAGAAGUGUAGCAAAUGCGCGCCUGGUUUUACCAAAGCAACCAUCGACGACGGAGAUGACCGCACCUCGAAAUGCGUGGAGAACACGUGCACGUGUGAAAACGGCACGGGCGCCGUCAACACGGCUUGCCCAGAACACGAAUCACCCCUCUGCGCCCAGUGCGAUCCCGGAUUCGACUUGGGUGCCGGGAAGUGCGCAUUCCGAGUCUGCGAGUGUCAGAACGGGAAACCAGCGGAAGGAACGAAAUGCCCAAAAGAAGCGUUCGAAAAGCGGGAUUAAGGCUUGAGAGAAUCCAUCUUUUCCAACACCUUCGCCACGUUUUCAAGAAAGAACGGAACUCAGGAUGCUGACCAAGAUGGAUCUUUGCAAGGUCUAACAGGAGGAGGUGUGUGUCAGCUGCAAUGACACGGCAGGGUAUUUCCUGGACGAGGCAAAAAAACAGUGUUUGCUCAAGGAAUGCGUUUGCGCAAACGGUGUGGGAACAGUAGGUCCAGAUUGCACAAAAGACGGGGAGGAAGUCUGUUAUGAAAAUGGUAAGUAGUUCCAUUCAUCCACCAAGUUCCUACACUCAAACCUGGUAGGUUCAAUGUUGACUAAAAAGUUAUUUUUCCAACCGCGGUUCAUUCGCUGUUCGGAUUCUCGGCAAAGCAAGGUGAUAAGCACAUCUACAACCGGUACCUCUUCUAAUUCUUCGAAUCCUGUGACGUGGAAGCUGGUUUCAUCCUGAACAGCCGAACUCGCAAAUGCGAACAAAAGGUUUGCACCUGUGAAUUUGGAGUUGGUGCGCGUGGCACCAAUUGCUACGAAAAUGCCACGGAAAUUACGACUUUUGACGUUGAUCGUUGAGUUUGAAAUUUCAUUUCUUCUUGAUCUUGUCGUAGGCAUAGACCUUUCAAGGUGUACCAGGUAUUACUAACUCUAACUAAGCGCUGCCCUUAGUAGAUAUAAUCUCUUAUGGCGGUGCCGGUGCCGGUGCUACUGCUACUGCUUCUCCUGGUGACGCGCGGUGCUGAUGUUGCUGCACUUGCACUUCUCUAAUACAUUGUGCGCGUCGUGCGACGAGGGCACCGAUUUUAUGUUCGGCAUGGGUCCGCCAGGCUUUUGCGUCGAGAAUGAAUGCUGGUGUAUGAGCGGCGUUGGCGCCAAAGGGAAGGACUGCCCUGGCUUCGGUGUACAAGUGUGCACAACUUGCGACGAAGGAAUGUAUCUGAAUGAUGAAAAGGUAUGCGAAACGAAAGAGUGCACGUGUGAAAAUGGUAUAGGCACUCUAGGCGAAGAGUGUGCUGAGAAUGGCGCAGAAGAGUGCUCCAAGUGCGCACCCGGAUUCGAACUUAAAUUAGGGCUUCUCAGCAUCAUGAACUUCUUGAACUACAACGAAUCUAUCGUACUAAGCUAGCACAAGCACUGCUGCACGUGCACCCAUAUUAUCAGGCAUAGACAUCCUUCACUCUUUUCCUAUUACAUCAAGGAUAAUGCCCAGGAGAAGGAUACUAGAGUCCGCACUACAACUUCAACAAGGGUGGCUCUAAUUGCAGGCGAAGGGAAUGCGAAGAAGUGUGUAGCAAAAGGCUGCGCCUGCGAGAACGGCGUCGCAGCAACUGGCCCGGAUUGUCCGCGCCAUGACGAAGAGAUCUGCGAGUCGUGCAAUACAGGGUUUCAUUUGGAUCGCGAUGCAUGCGUUCCGAACGAAUGCAACUGUCCCCAUGGGACACCAUUUCGAGGAGAAGCUUGCCCUGAGGAUGGCAAACUAAAGUGUCAACCUGACGGGUGCAGUGACGGAUAUCAUUUUUUAUGAUCUUGUUGACGUUGUAGUUGUUGAGCAAUUAUGAGGCCACAACUUCUAGGCAUUUGCCAUUUGGUAUGUCCCGAAUGUUUUUGUAGUUUUAGUUAGUUUCAGUAGAUGUAGGACUGGCUACGUGAUGAGACUCAUGCCAUUAUGUCAUUCAGUCGCACUGGCAGUCAUCUUCAUGGUCGUCUAUAUGACAGAGGCAUUGUCAAUUUGAUUAAUCCUUCCUUAAUUCUUCCUGUUCCUUCUCGAUCAACACCCUAUUCUCCUCUACAACAUGAUGUGUGUUCCUUGUUUUCGCCAUUAUGUUAUGAAUUUUAAGAGUAUCACUAUCUCUAUCAUUAGGCUAAUGACAUUAGCUUUUUUUAGCAACAUUACAACUAGAACUAUGUUCUUGUCGUACUUGUUCUUUUUUUCCAUCCGUUUCCUUUUUCUUUCAUAACAAGAGGAAAGUUCGGGAAAGUGCGAGGCUAACGAGUGUACCUGCCCAGCGCAUGGGGAGGCCGCAAAUGGCGCAAUGUGUACAGAGCAUGGCGCAAGGAUGUGUACAGCUUGCGACUAUGGAUGGAAGCUUAACGCAGAGACGAAGCUGUGUUCCGACUUCGAACCGGAGUACCAAGGUUUAUGGCCGCUUUCGAAAAUCAUAAGAACUAAGUGUCAUAGCCCGUUUCAUCAUUAACAAGCCAAAGCUUGAAGAUCCGAUUAUAUUUUUAAUGAUGAAGACCCACUAAGACUAACACUAGAGCUCUCCCUCUAAACAAAUGCUAUGAGGACAAUGGCGAUCGGGAUCUGCCUGCGAGGUUGGGACCGUGGACGGGUAGCGUGGAACGCAAAAACUGGCUUAAGGCCACUCCAGAGAGCUGUCAUAUCGCGUGUCAUAACUACGAAUACUUCUCCAUUCAAGCGGGUGGCGAGUGCUGGUGCGGCAAUGCCGUGGAUUUUGCCAAGAAGAACGAGCAUGACUGUGUUCCGUGCAAGCAUGAUGACACCCUGACCUGUGGUGCUGGAUGGCGCAACUCCGUGUACAAGCACAGUCCUGAUGUCGCUUUCGCAGGUUGCUUUGGCACGCCGGACGUCGACGAGCUACGAGGACUCGACGGCGUCACCAUCUACGCGGACGACAAGUUCACAUUUGAGAAGUGCUACAAUCGCUGUGGUGGCAAGGACGCAAUCUUCUUCGCGUUUCUAGAGGGCAACAAAUGCGUUUGCAGUGCCAAUGCUGCUCUAGUGUCCAAGUUUGAACAAUUAGGCGACGAACAAUGCCUGGAGAGCCCGUGUGAGUCGGCAGACGCUGCGGCUACAGGGACAUCAGAUGAAUGGAUGUGUGGAGGAGGAUCUGCCCUCUCGGUCUACAAAUAUGCAGGUGCCUCCGAGUGCGGACGCAAUGGCUGGAAAUGUGUGAACGGGGUCGCUUACCACUACGGAACACCAGACUCUGGUGAUAGCGAAAAGAGAGGACCGACUAUGGCUGCAUUAUAUGCGAUGCCCUCAUGUAGAAUUAGACAGCUUUUUUGAAAUUGAAGCGAUAUGCCAUUACCAAUUAGUAUUAGCUUUACUGCACAGAUUUCCCUCACAUUUUGACAGCACUUCAGGAGCUGCUACAUUACCGCCUCUUACUUAAUUGGACACGACCCUUUUCCUAGUUCAUAAUCCACAAGCAAUGUCCCACUGGGGCAACAUUGGCGAUUGUAGAGAGUGACGCACAGGCACGAUUUCUGCGCAUGAUGAUGGGCGCAAAGGCUGACUUUUUCGUCGGACCACAUGACAGAAGCAACGAAGGUGCGUGGAUGACAGCAGAUCAGAACGUGCUCCUUAAGCAAAAGAAGUACACACCUCCUUGGAACGCGGGUGAGCCCAAUGAUUGGGGCAAAAGGGAGGAUUGUGCGGUCAUCUUGAAAAAUGGAAAAUGGAAUGAUGAUAAGUGCAGCAAUGUCGAGAAAGGAGACCGAUUCUUCGCUUGUAGCGAGAGGGAGCCAUGAAGACAAACCUCGUACCGCCGCUGAAUUUCUACCUGUUUUUCUAGACGAAUGAAUGCGCCGCAUUCUGCUCCAUGAUAAUUAUUGAGAAUGAUGAUAUGGACAGGACGCAUUCACUUUUAUCAUAGACUCGGCACUAGAUCACGGCACUCACUCCCCAGCGUGGCGAUUGCUGGACACGUGGUUGACCUGGUGAUGAUUAACACAUUCUUCUGUCAUGACCCCUUUGCAUGUCUAUAUUCAUUUGAAGCACUCAUUUGUUUUUUCCGAAUUUUCCACGACAUUCUUCAUCUACACGGAUACAUGAUUACAAACCUCUUAAGCACUUCUUUUUUCCCAGGACACAUCGUGUUGUUAUUUUUUCCCAUUACAUUAUACACCAAAUGUAUAGUACAAAUUUAAGGAGAUGCAUCUAUCACGAUGCCCAUACUUGGUGAGCGGUGUCACGGUGACAGUCUGACAGUGUGGUUUCCCUGUCCACUUCCGCGGUCAGCUCUCCGUCAUCUGACUGCGCCUUAACGUUCAUCAUAAAUGUCUGCAACUUUAUAUCGACAUCGAGGACGAUCACGACGUUGUAACGUGACUGAGAGGGGCAGCAGGUGUCUUUGCUUUAC